AUGUGGAGCAACAAUUCAAAUGAGGUGCCUCUACAAAAUCCAAGGCAAAACCAAAGCAAGGAUUCUACCAGAGAUCUAAAUGCAGUAUGGGCUACAUUUUCUCAGACUAAGGCUGCUCUACGUCAUAUAGAGAACAAAUUGGAAUUAGUUCCUACCAGCACAGCUGCAUUUGCUUCUGUCAUGGAUGCCAAGAAGCCCUCUGCUAGCUCCAGCAGGAAGAUAAGCAGAAAGGAUAAGUACAUGGAGGAUUCUUUGGUUUCUGCUUCAGCUUCCAGGUCCUCCAGCCAAAACAAAUCAAGCAAGGAGAAGUCCUCACGCAGCCCUCUUCGAGCAACCACUCUUGAAAGCAAUGUGAAAAAAAGCAAUCGUGUGGAAUUCCGUGAACCACUGCCUUCAUACAGGGACACAUACAGUUCUCUGUCUUACCACAGUUCUAAUCAACUUGAGGCCAAGCAGCUGCUCUCUAGUUUGGACCUCAAUGAAGCAGAAGGAAAGACUGAGUUAACAGGCUGUGUGCUACAUGACCAAGAUGAGAGGGACCUACACAGCAGAGGUUCUGAAAGCCUGUGUUCUGCUGCUGCCGAGGAGACUGUUGUUAGGUAUUUGAAUGACCAACCGGCAAUUGAUGCCUUGCAGAACAACGAGGCGUUUCUUAAGUUUGCAAUACCUCCAAGAUUGGAAGAGGAAAAGACUAGUGGCUCCAGACGAGAAGAGAGUAGCAUGAAAGCUCCUCAGAGUAAUGCACCCCAGGAGAGUGAACUGAAGGUGUGUUCUCCUUCUGCCAUGAGCACUUCUGCUGGUGCUUAUAGGCUGGAAAUCUACAAACAGCGGCAGCACAGUGCGAAUUUGGAGAAGCUGAAGGAGAGGAUUCGAGAGCAGUGGGGACAUGCUGAACUGCUGGGUGGCAGAGGGCAGCACUCAGGAUGUGCUGAGAAACCUGUUGUGGUCACAAACGUGGAGAAUGCCGUGAUUCCCAAAGUCAGGAAAGUGGCAACUGCACCUGCUGCUCCGUCAUACAGAGGUUUUAAUCCUGCUGAAACAAAGAUUCGUGCUCCAGAUGGAAAGAUCUGGGAUGAGGAAGAAUUCCAUGUUGGUCGUGAGCUCUAUAGAGAUACAGCACUCCAUGUAACAGAGGGUUCACCAGUGAAGGCAAAACCCAGUGAGAGAAACAAAGAGAAGAAAACAAGCAAACCAGUGCGGAAAGUGCAAAAACUGACACGGUUGUCAAGUCCAGAGUCCAAACAAGGUGGAAACUGUAUAAUAACUACAUCCUCCUGGCGAGAGGGACAGAAAUUAGCAAAAAAGAUCCUGGGUCCAGCUCCCAGAGUAGAACAGGACAGAAGGGCUGUAUCCAGUGACAGAACAGGACGAGAGCGAGCUGCCAAGUCUGCAGGCCAUAUUGGAAGGACAGGUUCAGAUUCUAGACUGGAUGUUACCCAUAAAACCUCUUCAAGAAGUUCUGAAAGGUCAAGGAGUAAAGUACGGUCUGAGAAUAACCUGAAGAAACUGGAAGCUGCUCUUCCAGACACUAACCAAGAAGAUCAUGCCUCUGUAAAUAAGGACUUUCUGCCUGUGGAGAUACGUGGAAUUCUUGAUGACUUGCAGUUGGAUUCCAUGACUACAAAGCAAGAGAAAGACGUGGAAAAACAGAAAUCUGUUUUGCCUACUCAAAGUGCCAGGAGCCAAAGUCCAACCAAAAGGAAACCAGAAAAGAUUGCUGCCAAUGAGGAGCCUCAAGUGAUCUCUAAGAAACGUCACUAUGAUACGGACGAGGUUCGUCAGUACAUCAUCAGGCAGCAAGAGGAGAGGAAGAAGAAACAGAAUGAAGAGAAGAAAGCACAAAAGGAGGCAACAGAACAGAAGAACAAAAGGCUCCAAGAGCUCUACAGAAAGCAGAAGGAGGCUUUUACUAAAGCCAAGAACGUUCCGCCUCCUGAACCUUCAGCAGCCAAACGGUUACAGGAAACCUAUUCCAAACUAUUGCUGGAACAUGCAUUUUUGGGAGAGCCACCUGAGCUGCCUACAGUGCAGGAAGCCCAGCCCAAACCUGGUUAUCAACCAUCUGGGGAAUCUGACAAAGAAAACAAGGCUCAAGAGCGUCCUCCCAGCGCAUCUUCAAGUAGUGACAUGUCACUUUCAGAGCCACAGCAGCCGCUGCUGAGGAGCGAUUUGGUGGAGCCUCCAUGGGUACAGCCAGACCAGUUGAGCCCCAGGGUGCACCUUUCUCAGCCACAAGCUGUCAUGGGCUCAAGUGGAGGCCCUUGCUCUCAGCACUGGAGUCGGGAGCAGGUGGACCUUUUGUCCAAAGAGUAUGAUGUGAUGUUGGCAGGCAAGAGGAGACACACAGCACCCAUGGGAUUGCUGACCUUGGGGCCUCAGCCAUACCUGAAUCCACACACUGCGCAGCAAAAUCUCUUAGUGAAACCUACUGUUAACCAAUAUAAGAGCAAAUUAGAUCGAAUUGAAGCUUUGAGAGCUACAGCUGCUUCCCUUUCUAGCAGAAUUGAAAGUGAAGCCAGGAAAUUGGUUGGGGCUGGUAUCAAUUGUGGUCCCAUGUGGAAGUCAGACUGUGAAUUUAUGCAAGAAAACCAGGAUGAUGGACGGUGGGCAAAAGCUGUGAGUCCUCCUGUGAGAGAGGAAAAUGAAGAUGCUAUUUCAGUUGGAAUUAAAAAAAUGUUGGGUACUUGUGGAUCUCAUACAGCCUUUGAUGAUGGCCUUCCUGGGGUAAGCAACCUUAGUGAAUUUAAAAAGCUCCCUGAGAUGAUCAGGCCUCAUAGUGCUGCAGUCAGCAUUGGAAUGAGGUCCCCCUCUGCUAACAGGCAUGAGGGGAUACAAGGACGUUUGUCAAAGAGACAGGCUGACACCCUGGGGUGUGAAAACCAGGCUUAUGCUCUGAAUAAAGCUGCAGUUCCUCAGGUGUCCAGCAUGGACUCCAUUGGCAAAGGGUCUCUCCUGAGUGAUGGAAGCCUGUCUGAAGAGGAAGGAGGCCAGCACAAACAGUUGCCACUGAAGAUGCUGGAGACGUUAAAAGAGAAGGAUUUCUGCAUUCGGGAGAGAAAUGCUUUUGAGCCCAUCAAGGAGUUUCAGAAAGAAGCUGAGAAGUAUUUACCACUUUUCACUCAGACAAGUGGCACACACAGCAAAGGACCAUGGGAGGACCUGGCAAAGGGAAGUCCUCACAGCGUCAUCAACAUCUUUGCAAAAAGUUAUCAGCUUCAUGGAAGAGCUAAAAUGUCAAGUGGAGCAUCUACUCCUCUGUGCCCUUUAAUCCCUACCUUGAGCCCCCCAGAGAGUGUGGUUUCUUAUGAAGAUGAUUUUGCCUCAUCACAGGGAAGCAGCACUUUAACAGACAAGAUGAUUUCACGUGACCUCAGCAGUAAUUCAAGUGUUCAGGAAGGAGUUCCAAGCAGCAAGUCUUCCCAAGAACCUAGAUCUGUGGAGCUUCCUUCUCAGCAUUCUUCUGGGCCACGGUCUGCAGCAUCUUCUCACUCAUCUUCAUCCUCUAGAAAAAGAGGGAAAAAGGAACAUGAAGAUAAAAUGCUAUCUGAGUUAGAGUGGAACUCCCAACAGACAAAGAAGUCCUUAUCAAGUAGCAGAAUGUCUAGUAAAGACCCUGAGCAGAACACAGAUGCAGACAGUGUGCUAGAAAACCUGUCUGAACACUCCCUGGUGAGUUUCUCAGACAAAGAAAGGCCCCUGAAGACACCAACUCCUUCCACAUCACCCGGUUCCCAAAAACAGUUGCAGUUUGAUUCUCUGGGCACUGCAGCAGAAAGAGUCAAGACACCUGCUAGCUUUUCUGGAAGUCCAUCAUCAGAGCUGAAGCCUAAUGUAGCUUUCCCUGACUUGAGUCUGGGAGCUGGUAGAUCUGCAGCAGGAGCAGCCUCAGCGAGCGGAUGUAUGCGUUUCUCCCCAGCUGGUCUUCAGCAUCGUUUGUCAGCAGAACUGAACUACCUCACUGCCAUCGAGGAGACCGUGCGACAGCUUUCCGAUGUAGAUCGAGUACGAGGCAUAUCACUUGCCCAGCAGGAGAGUGUUUCUCUGGCUCAGAUUCUAAAGGCACAUCAACAGCGCCAUGAACGUGACUUAGCUCUUUUGAAAAUCAAGGCUGAGCAAGAAGCUUUAGAAAGUCAGAGACAACUGGACGAGGCAAGGCAGAAGGCAGCUCAGGUCCAUGCAGAGUCCCUACAGCAUCUGGUCCAGGCACGGCAGGAGGCUGUACAAGAGACCCCAUGCAAGGCUGCAGCCAAACAGGCAGAAACUGCACUUCUCACUGCAGGUGCAGCUCACCAGAUCCGUGAGAUCUCGGAUACUGUCAGUGCUCCAGCUGCUCCAGUCACCUCCCUGUUUGACCACCAGCGGCAGCACCAUUCAGAGCUCAGGAAACAACAGAGAGCCCGAACUGACACCAACAGGAAAUGCGAGUCCAGCACCAUGUCACAAGGUAAAGAGGACACAGGUGGCUCAAAACAGACAUACUCCCCAAUGUUUGAUAGUUAUUCAGAAUCCUCAAGAUCAAAGGUUCAUGAUCAGAGGUAAGAAGACACCAGCAGCAGGCAAGAGAGUCCUUCAGUUCCAUCUUCUAAGGAGAAUGAGAAGAAGCUUUCCCGUCGUGAAAAGAUUUCUAGCAGUGUUGAAGACCAGGCUCAUACUGGUGUUGAUGAUUCCUUGCCAAGUGACAGUCUUUUAUCACUGCCAGAUGAAAAAGAUUCUGCUUCUGUUGCAACUGAGUAUUCCCUGAAGUUUGAUGAGUCGAUGACAGAGGAUGAGAUAGAGCAAAAGUCUUUUCGUUCUUUGCUGCCCUCCGAGAGUCACCGCAGAAACAACUUGGAGAGGAAACGGGGUAAUCGUGAUGAUUCUGAUGAGGAAGUCUCCCCAGAAAAAACAUCUCUGUCAUCUAUCAAGGAGCUAAGCAUGCCGUUCUCAGAAGGGCAAGAUAGUUUCUCUAAAUUCACCAUGGAGAUGGUAAGACAGUACAUGAAAGAGGAGGAAGUACGAGCAGCUCAUCAGUCCUCACUGCUUCGGCUCCGGGAGAAGGCUCUGAAAGAGAAGACCAAGGCUGAAUUAGCUUGGCUGGAACACCAGAAGAAGCAUUUGCGAGACAAGGGAGAGGAUGAUAAGAUGCCUCCUAUUCGGAAGAGGCAGCGUGGUCUGCUGCUGAGAUUACAGCAGGAAAAGGCAGAAAUUAAGCGUCUUCAAGAGGCCAACAAGGCUGCUCGGAAGGAGAGGCAGCUGAUCCUGAAGCAGCAGGAGGAAAUAGAACGGAUCCGUCAGACUACAAUGAAACUGCAGGAAAAACUAAAGUCUGCAGGAGAAAACAAGCUGGAACUUCACAGUGAGGAUGACAUCAAGCAGAGCAAUGCUUCUAGCCCACUUCCAACUGAUGCAGAAACAUGCAGCCCUUCUCCAGUCUCCAUCUCCAGCAGUGAGACCAGUAGCAUUAUGCAGAAACUUAAAAAAAUGCGCAGCAGAAUGGAUGAAAAGUUCCUAACUAAGAGAGAGCAGAAGCUGAUGCAGCGCCGACAACACGCUGAAGAGCUGCUGCAGUGGAAACGCCGCCUGGAUGCAGAGGAAGCAGAGAUUCGGUGGAUAGAAAAGCAGGCACUAGCUGCCUGGGACAAAGAGCUGCUCAAAACCAAAACAGCCAAGAAGGAGCUGGGGGAUCAGAGAACUGAGCCCAAAGAAACGGUUAGUGAAGAAGAGUUUCCAGUGCCUUCUAAUUCUCAUCUGAACAGUGAAAGCUCUAUCCCAGAAGAUCUUGGCAGUGUAGCUGCUGAGUCUGUCCCUUCAGCGACUAUGGGCCAUGGACAGCCAGGAAGCCCAGAUCAGAGUACAAUUAAUGAAGAAAUGGUUUAUUCUGAAGAGUUCAAGUCCUCUGCCUCACCUGGCAAACUUUCUCCUUCUAAAAGCAGCAUAUCUGUAUCAAAGCAAGAUUCCAGCAAAGGCAGCCAGAGAACUGGAGGACAGCUACGUUCACAUGUGCAGUCUCAUCAGAUAUCUCACAACUGGUCUGAUGAAUCUUUAUCUAUAACACAGUCAGAAACCACAUCUGAUCAAAGUGACAUUGAAGGACGGAUCAGAGCCCUGAAGGAUGAGCUACGGAAAAGGAAGUCUGUGGUUUACCAGCUGAAAAAGGAGCAGAAAAAGAGACAAAAGGAGAGGCUGAAGGCCCAGGAAGCCAGUUUGAUCAAACAACUGGAGUCAUAUGAUGAGUUUAUCAAGAAGACUGAGGCAGAACUGAGCCAAGACCUGGAGGCAUCACCAACAGCCAAACCUCAGAUUAAAACUCCAUCCUCAGCUGCUGUUGAAAAACCAAAGAUCAAGGCACCACCACUCCAGAGGCCUGAGACAACUAAAAACUGGAAGUCACUGGCUGAAUCAGAGAGAUCCAGAGCAUCUUUGGAAUCCAUUUCAGAGCAUGGAGAUGCUGUGUCAUCAAGAACUGAGAGAUCUGUACACUCCAAGGAGGUGGCUGUGACAGAUUCUCGUGCAGGAGAACUUUCUGGAGCUUCUAUGCCACCGAGGAGUUCCAGAGCAGCAUGUGGUGAUUUCUCAGAUAAUGUAUCCUCAUCAUCUCUUCUCAAAGAUGUGAAAGGCACUAGCAGGAUAUCCUAUGAGUCAGUGAACAAUCUGGUAAAUGCAUCCAAUGAUGAGGCUUCCUUCAGUUAUAAAUCUGAGAUACCAGAAGAUUUGGAAUACAUAAAAUCAGAGGAAUACAAGACUGAAGGUUCUCAUGUUAAGCCUUUAGAGAGUUCUGAUGUCCUGUUGACAUUAGAUAAAGAACAGGAGAGCUCACUGGACAUCCUUCCAAAGGAGGUCCUCCAUUCUGAAAAUGGGCACUCUCAGAGGGAACUCUUUGGUUUGGCUUUGGAAGGUCUUAAUGGUACAGAAGAAAUCUUAGAAGAGAGACUAGCAGAUGAAGAUGCUGUAACUGGCUCAAAUGUGGAAGAGUCUUCUCACAAACGGAGCAAAUCAGCAGAGGAAAAAGAUAAUCAGCUUUCAGAACAAUUCAAGAGUCAAAAAAAGCCAUCAUACAUUGAAGACUUUGAAGGAUUCUCCUCCAGAAAACAAGCACCAGCUGAAGAAACACCCCCUGAGGAACAUUAUGAAGAUGACUUUGAAGCAUCUCCUCUCUCUCCGAAUGGGGAUGCUCAGUCACUGACAGAGCACUCUCAGCACACACAAACCAGCAGGAGUAGAUCCACCAGCCUUGGCAGUGAUGAUGAAAUCAGUGAAUACCUCAGUGAGAGGUCUCUCUCUCUCUCUGGCAGCAUCCACUCCGAGAGGUUAUUAGAACUGAAAUCCCCAACAGAACUUAUAAAAAACACUGAACGCAGAGAUGUGGAGCAGGAAGAGUCCCCUCCUGAAUCACCACUGUGGGGCUCUGUUUCAGUCACAAAGGAAGAAGAAGAUAGUUUGCCAAAUUUUCACAUUGGUGAUAGAGUACUUGUGAGUAAAGUCCAACCUGGAACAUUAAGAUUCAAAGGUCUGACUAAGUUUGCCAAAGGGUUUUGGGCAGGCGUGGAGUUGGAUAAACCUGAAGGGAAUAAUAACGGAGCUUAUGAUGGUGUUAAAUAUUUUGAUUGCAAAGAAAAGCAUGGUAUUUUUGCUCCUGCUCAAAAAAUUUCCCACCUUACAGAAAGUACUGAGAGCCAUUUAGAGACAAGUAAGGAUGAAGAUUCAUUCUUUGAUGAUGCGCUGGAGAAGCAACACAAAGCUGAGCAGAAGGACAGAAGGAGUCCCAAACCUGACAAAGAGGAGGAAAGCCAGAGCAGAGAUGCUACAGAGAGCUAUUCCCAGGAUAAAGCUCCUGCAGACACAGCUGUUUCAGAAGACUUAGCUGGGGAAAGGGUUGAUGAGGAGUCAUCUUCUAAAGCAAACAGCAUGAAGGAGAUUUCUGAAGCUGCUGAAUCACUAGUCCAAGACAAGUCAGUGGUGGAUUAUCUGAAACAUGCUGUAAAAGAGGAAACCAGCCUUUCUCCUCUCAUUCCUGGUGUUGUAGAUGAGACUUCCACUGUUCAGUUGGAUGACAUCUCAGAUUUCCAUUCUGAAAAACUGGAGAGACAGAAGACACUAGGGGAAGAGUGUGCUGAAAAGGUAGAUGAUGUCUCACCUGGAGUUGUGGAGAAGCCUUCAACUCCACUUCUGGAUUUGCUGACAAAAGAAAAGAGCCAGUUAGAAGCCCAACUUAGACUACCACUUAAAGAGGAAGAAAAGUCAAAAGACCAACUGGAAAAGGUCAGUUUGCUGACAGACAGUCUACUUAGAGAUUUUGUGAAAGACACAGUCAAUCAGUUACAGCAAAUAAAGAAGGUCAGGAAUGAGAAAAUCCAGCUCAGCAACCAGGAGCUGUGUGAUGUGAAGGAGUCUGCUACCCUAUCCCAUCAGGUAGAAAAGCAGAUUCCUGAUGGACUGAAUAACUUUUUUCUAAGUUCUGAUUUGGAAGAUGAAAGAGAAGAACUUUCCUCUCCAGACAUGUGUCCCAGACCGGAGAGUCCAGUGUUUGGUGCCAGUGGUCAGGAAGAACUUGCCAAGAGACUGGCAGAGCUGGAGCUCAGUCGGGAGUUCCUGAGUGUGCUGGGAGAUGAUCAAGAUUGGUUUGAUGAGGACUAUGGCCUGAGUUCCCAGAAGGUCCAGCAGAAGCAAGCUGAGGAAACAGCAGUGCUGCCCAAGGUAGAACCACAGCAAGUGCCAACGAAGCCGUGUGAGGAACCUUUGGCAGUCCCUCAUACUGCAGUGGAGGUGGAAGGGAUGGUGCAUGCAGCAGCUGAGCAACUCUGGAAACUGAAGGAGCUGGGUCAUGAUCUUCAAAGCUUCAGCCUUCGUACAGAUCUUGGUAGUACCCUCAAAGAGCAGGACACAGACACGGUAAACAAGCAGGUUUAUAAAAAGGUGGUAUUUGAUUUAACAAGAGAGAUCUUUGGAGAAAUCUUUGCUGAGGAUCCUAAUCUAAAUCAGCCUAUUUGGAUGAAACCAUGUAGGAUCACAUCUGCUUACUUUCGCCGUGUAAAAGAUCCAAAUGAUCUGGAUGAAAUCAAGAGCUUCAUUGCAGCUGAAGUACUGAAGUUGUUCAGCCUGAGGAAGGAGCCCAAUCACAAGACAGACUGGCAGAAGAUGGUUAAAUUUGGGCGGAAGAAACGAGAUCGAGUGGAUCACAUACUGGUGCAGGAACUUCACGAGGAAGAAGCACAGUGGGUGAACUACGACGAGGAUGAGCUGUGUGUAAAGAUGCAGUUGGCAGAUGGGAUCUUUGAAGCCUUAAUCAGAGACACUAUUGAUGUUCUGAGCCAGAUAAAUGAGAAACAGCGGAGGUUGCUGCUUGUCUGA